UCAGAAAAGUAGUUGCCAUUGGUUAAUGUACCGAUAAUAACACGUGUUUACUUAUCUUUUACGAAUUAUUUCUUUUUUAAAUAAACGUUUUAUCGUACGUGAUAUAAAAUUUGAAGGAUAACAUUAAAAUGUCACGAUCCAUAAGAGAUUCUGACGAGGAUGUAGAAAUGAAAACAGGUCGAAGGACCCGUACAGGAUUUGGGCCUAUCAUAACCGAUUCUCCAGUUCGUCGUAGUAGUAGAAACAAACAGUCUACAAAACAAAGUGGUUCUUCCCCAGAUUUAUCUAUAACCGAAAUUAGUGCACAAGGUUCUCGUACUUUUCGUACUCGUGCAGGCACAGCUGAUUCUAAUACUUUAGAAACUCAGAAGCGUUUGCGUUCUAGUAAAAAUUCUGUGGAUACAGAAUUUGAGACAUUAUUAGAAACACAACCAAAGAAAAUGACAAGGAGAAGCAUAGCUACAGCAACUACUUUAAAUACGCCAAAAGCUAAUACUCGACCCAGACGUAUGACAAGAGCUGGAUCAGAAACAAUAUCUACACCUACAGGUAGAACAACUCGUAAAACACGAGCUAGUUCUAUGGAUCCUGAACCUACAAUAGAAAAACCAGUUGAAAGACUUAAAACUGAAGUAAUUAAUACACCAAUAAGAGCAAAAAGAAGGGCAUCAGUACUACCUUCUCAGUCGACUCUUAUAGAAGAAGAAGAAAAGCAUUUUCCUGUUGUAGAAUUAGAAAAAAUCUUAAUUGAAACUGACGAAACAUCUACCAAUAUAAUUUCAACCAAUAUAAAAACACCAAAUAAAGAACUUGAAUUAUCAAAAAAUAAAUCUAAUGAAAAUAACAAGAGUACUGAUAAAAUGGAAGAAGAAAAGGAUUCUUGUUCUGUUAAAGGACCGCUUGAUGAUUCUUCUGAAAGUAAUCAUAUGGAAAUUAGUGAAACUUUCGAAACAAAAUUAAAAUCAUCAUUUGAUGAAAAUAAUACGCCAGAGAAAGAUAAAUAUUCUGCUGCUAAUAUCAAUGAUGAUAUAUUAACUAAAGAAGUCUCAACAGAUUCGCCACAUAGUUUUGAAGGUACAUCGAAAGAAUCGAGAUCACUAGAUGAAAAUAUAUUACAUGUUUCUAUAGAGGAAAAGGAAAUGAAUUCUAGCAAUAAAGAAAAUGAAUGUUUGAAUAUAAGUAAUUCAGUGUCUGAACAAAAUAAAAUUGUACCUAACAUAAAAAACUUACAUCAAGAAAUUUCUAUCACUGUACUUGAUAUAUCGAUAAAAGAAGAAAAAUAUGUUGAAAACAAUGAUAAUAUAAAACUAGAUAAUUCCUGCUUAAUAAAAUCUUCUUCUGUAUCUUUAUCAGAUUGCAAUAAUAUAAUAAAAAGUAAUAAUAAUGUAAAUACAAACGAAGACAACUGUUUAGAGGAAGAAAAUAAAUCUGUAUCUAUGCCAGAUACAAAAGAAACUCCAUCUAAUGAAGAAGAACAUAAAAAUACUAGUACGAAUAGUACUACUGUAACCGAAAACUUAGAUGAAUUGAAUACUGUGUCAUAUAAAGUGUUAGUAAAUGAAGAUGAUUCUAUACCAAAGGAACAGUCUAAAAUAAAUGAUAGUACUAACAAUCAAAUACAAGAUAAAAUAGUUACUGAAGAAGAGAAAAAUACAGAAAUUGUUAAUCAGAACAUAAGUAAUAUAAAAGAAAUAAACAGUAAUGAUGAAAUUAAAGAUAAGGCAAAUGUUUCUGUAAAUCCAAAAGAAAAACUUAUAGAUAUAUCUACGAAAGAGGAUAAUUGCAGUAAUGACGUAAAUGCAACUGAAAUACCAAAUAUUAACAAUGAUGAGAAAAAAUGUAAUCCAACUGCUGAAACGCUUUCUACAUGUAAAGAUUCAAAUGCAAUUCAGGAUAAAAAUUCUUCUAAUGACAAUCAAGAUAAUAUGUCUUCAACAUUUGAUUCAUCUCUUCCUACUUUAGAAUUUAGUGAUGAUUCAAUUAAGGAUUCUGCUAAUAAUGCAAAACAAAUCGAAUUAGAUUCAACUAAAUGUUUAAUAAACUUACAGUCUCCAAAACUUUCCACUUCUAUCCCUGAGAAAAUUGAUUCUUCCACUGUUGCAGAAUCCCAUGACAUACCAGAAGCAGAUUUACCUGAUAAAGAAGAGGAAUCCAAAGUACAAUCAUCGUCAAAUACACCAGUGAUGUCAAAAGCAAAAUCAGUUACCGAACUUAAUGUAUCAAAAUCAAAAAAGGAAAAAAAGAAGAAUGAUGUUCAAAAUGCUGAUGAAAGCGAUAACAUUUCAGAUAUAAGGAUGUUGUUUCAAGAUAUCUCUGCUGAUGAAUGGAAACUAAAAAAUAAAAAUAUCAAUAUUGAAACUCGAAGUAAUUCAAUGCAUUCGAUAUCUACAGCAAAAUUAGAAACUGACAGUGAAACAGAAUGUGAUCUUCUUUUAGUUGAUAAAAAAGCAUGGUUAGCUGCAGAAAAAUUAAAAGCAUCUAAAGAUAAAGACAAAUUUGAUUAUGAUUCUGAUGAUACGAUUAUAUUAAAAAGCAAACUCGAUUAUCUAAACGAUAAAUUGAAUAAUACGAAUAAAAUAGAAAUUAAAUCUAAGGAUUCUGCACAAGACAAUGAUAAUUCUGAAAUAAAAGAGAAUAUGGAAAAAUCUAUUAACAGUUCUAAGUUGUCAACUAAGGAAACAAAAAAUGAAUUGGAUGAAGUAGAAAAAAGUCCAAAUAAAUUAAAUGAUAAAACAGAUAUUGAUAAAAGUGAAACUGAUGUGUCAUCACAAAGUGCAUCAAAAAAAGAAAAAUCACGAAAAAGUAUAUCCGUAUGUAAUGUUAGUAGAAGUGUACUAGUGAAAUCAUUAGAUAAACAAUUAGAAGAAGAAGAAGAGGUAUCUCUGUCACAAAAAGUAUUUGAAGAUCAAGAAGCUAAAACCACAGUUGAUGUUAUAAAUAAAGUAGAAGUAAAUACAUUAGAAACUAAACUUGAACGGCAGUCAUUAGAUAAAAAGCAAAAGAAAAAUCGUUCUUUAAAUAGUUCUUUAAAUAAAAGUGAUAAAUCAAAGCAAAAAUCUAAUAAACGUAAUAGACUGAACAUUUCUUCAAGUGAGGAAGAAGAUGAUAAUCCUGUUAAUUCAGAAAAAAAUGAAAAUAAACGUGAUAAAUUAACAAAAAGCAAUGGAAAGAAAAGAUAUAAUAAAAAUUACUCUACAAUGGUACAUAUUGGUUCAGAUUCAGAUACCUGCGAUGAAAGUAUUGAUUCAAGUAACAGUGGUAUAAGAAACAAAACUCCCAGAAUUCCUCGUUUCUUAUUUAAACAUAAGGACGAUGAAGAAGAAAAUGAAGAACAUAAAGAAAGUGGUGACGAAUCUAAUGAAGAUAAAUUUUCAGACAGAAGUAUAGAUUCUGAUAUUAAUGCAGAAUAUAAUCUUGAUGGUAAAACUAUUGGGAAAUUCUCAGAUGACGAUAUACCGGGAGAUGAAUGUAGAGCAUCGGAAUCUGAAUUUUCAGAUCCCGAUGAUAAUGGUUCAGAUCUAGCAGACUUUGUCGUUGAUGAUGACGAAAUUGAAGAAGGUGAAGAAGAAGAUGAAGUGGAGGACGAAGAGGAGGAUGAAGAUGAAGAUGAAGAGCAGGAGGAGGAAAAGGAAAAUCAAGAAAUAGAAAAUGAAGAAGAUAAGAAACUAAUUGAAAAUAAAAAUGAAAAGAAAGAAAUAGAGGGUACAGAGGAUACAGUAAAGUCAUGUGAAGAAAAGAUUAAGGUUAUAGACAGUGAGGAAAUAAAUAAAGAAUCACAAAAUAAAUCUAUAAAUGUGUUUGAUGUAAAAAGUGACAAGAAAAAGAAUCCAAAACAAAAAGUAAGUACAGAGAUAAAUUUUUCAGAAUCAGAUGAAGAUGAAAUUAUAUCUGAAAGCAAGGUUGACACCAUAUCAGAGUUAGAUUCUAAUACUUCAGGGAAGAAAUCAAAAAAGAAACCAAAAUUAAAUGAGAAUAAUGAGACUAUAGAUGAAACUUCAAAGCAAUUAAAUGAAUCUGAGAUGAUAUUCACAAAAAAAGUUAAAGGAACAAAUAUUUCAUUGACAUGUAGUACUCCUAAAACUGAUGUCGUACAACAGCAGCAAUUUAAUAAACAGAAUAUUUCUUCUAAUGAAGAACAAGAAAAUGUACGUUUAAAGGAUUUAUCAUCGGAUAAUUAUGAUACAAGUAAGUCGACUAUAACUAAUUCAAAAAAGAAACGUUCUAUAGAAAAUAACAUUUCUACUGAUUUAUUAGAAUUACUUAAAGAUGCAAAUCUUCCUAAGACUUUAUUAUCCAAGAAGGCCUAUUUAAAUAAAACAAUAUCGCCAUGCAGCGAAACGCCUACAACAAAAUAUUUAAAGAAACAGAAAUUAAAUGAUAGCGCGCCAAAUAUUAAAUUUGAAAAAAAUAAAAAUGCCUCAGAAAAAAUUGAUUUCAUAGAUGAUGAUAAAGAUAAUGAACAAAGUGAAAAUAAAACUAUUCCUGGAGAAACUACUGAACUGUUAGAAUUAAACUCGUCUGCAUCAAUUAAGAGAAAAAGAUCUGCAGAAAUUAGUGAUUUAAACGAUAAGACAGAAUUGAGAAAUAAGAAAAAUAAAAUGAGUUCCAAAGUGGAUAUACAUACUGGAUUUGAUAAUGAAAAAGAAAAUUCAGAAAAUGUAUUUAAAGUUAAUGAUGAAAAAAAGAAGAGGAAGAAGAAAAACAAAAAGAAUAAAACUUCUAAGGAAUUGGAUAAAAUAAAUGUAGCAACUACAAUAGAAAAGAAAAAUAUAGAGAAAGCUGUAAAAAUGGAAGUCAUAACUAGUAAUGAAAGUAAAAAAAAUAAGAAAAGGAAUAAAAAUAAGGGAGAAGACGUAGAAAAUAAAGAUAAAAGUAAUGAGAAGUUUAUGAAUAUAAUGAAAAGUGAUAAAAAAUCUGUGGAAAUAGAAAACAUUCCAAAUAAAAAGAAGAAGAAGAUUACGUCAGUACUUCCGACAUUGCAAGUAAAGGAGCAAUUAAAAAAAUCACAACGGAAAAAUAUUUUGAAAAGUUCAACGACGUCGUUCGAUGCGAAGAUGUCGAAUGAGACGUCUCAAAAAAAUAUCGAAUUCUUUAAAUCAAAAUAUGAAGCUUCAGAAGCUGCCAAACGUGCUGGUGAAAGUAUAAAGGCUAACAGAGAUAUGGAAAAAAAGCAAAGAAAGCAAUUGGAAAAAAUACAAGAGAAAGAUAUUAAAGUAAAAAAAUCAGAUCAAAUAAUGAUAAAAGCUUAUACGCGAGGAAUUAAACGACUUUCUCCUGAUGUUAUAGAAAAUCUUUCUGAUGUACCAAUGAAUCCUUUUAAAAAGACAAAAUUAUUUAAAAAUUCUAUGCAACAAACGGUAAGAUCGCUGCCUACGCCCAUGACGAAAAAUGGAUUUACAGAAUGUCGUAUUGCAAAAACAAAGAAAAAUUAUAAUCCCUCAAAUUCUGGUGGUACGACAGAAUUUAAUGUUGUUAAUUUAGAAAAAGAAAAGAAACAAUCAAAAAAGACUUCUACUGUAGUUUCUUUUAGAAACAAGAUGUUAAGUAGGAAUUCACGAUAUCCAGUUACUUCCUAUAUAAUGUACCUUCAAAAGCAAAAAGUAUCUAACAAAGAUCAGUGUUUUGCCAAACAAUUUUAAAAUUAAUAUUUUAAUUAAUGAUUUAAAAUAUAAUAAUUUCCAUUUUGCAACUUUUUACGUUUUCUAAUAACGGUUAUUGCUUGUAAUGUGGAUAGUAAUAAUAAUAUGGUAUAAAUCUUGUUAUAUAUGCUAAACGUGUGUUCCAGCGUAUUUUAUUAAGUGAUAAUAAUAUGUUAUAGAAAUCAACAUUGUUACAUGUCAAUGCAUCAGUUUAUUCGUUUUAUCGCAGUUUCGCUGUGCGAAAAAUAUCCUGAAAUAUAAUGCCGAAUGAAUUAUCAA